UCAUUCAAAGUGUGAUAGCGCUGAAAGCUGAAAAUUGGUCUGGGCAGAUGGGGGGGGGGGGGGGGAGUGUCCGGGACGUGGAAGGGGGGGGAAAGUGUCCGGACUGGAAGGGGGGGAAAGUGUCCGGACUGGAAGGGCGGGGGGGAAAGAUGUCCGGACUGGAAGGGGGGGGGGGGGGGAAUGUGUCCGGACUGGAGGGGGGGGGGGGGGAAAGUGUCCGGACUGGAUGGGGGGGGGGGAAAAAGUGUCCGGACUGGAAGGGGGGGGGGGAAAGUGUCCGGACUGGAAGGGGGGGGGAAAAGUGUCCGGACUGGAAGGGGGAGAAUGUGUCCGGACUGGAAGGGGGGGAAAGCGUCCGCACUGGAUAGGGGGGGGGUUUGAAAGCGUUCCGGACUGAAAUAAGGGGGGGAAAGCGGUCCGGACUGGAAGGGGGUUGAAAGCGUCCGGACUGGAAGGGGGUGAAAGCGUCCGGACUGGAGGGGGGGGGUGAAAGUGUCCGGACUGGAGGGGGUGAAAGUGUUCCGGACUGGAAGGGGUGUAAAGUGUCCGGACCGAAAGGGGGGGGGUUGAAAGUGGGUCCGGACUGGAAGGGGUGUGAAAGUGUCCGGACCGAAAGGGGGGUGAAAGUGUCCGGACUGGAAGGGGGUGAAAAGUGUCCGGACUU